UUGGUGUUGUUUGUUGGCGGUGCAGCUGGGGUUGAGAAUCAGGAAAGCGUGGGACGAUAGCCUUGGGCAGACCCUGGCAUUUACUCAGACUACUCGGGCCGAUUUCCCGUAUGGAUUGCGGUCCUCUAUCGUCAUGGCCCACUAUGACGUGUCCUCAAGGUUGUGUCACUACCGGUUAGAGGUCUAUGUCAGUUAAUUCAGGAAGGAGUUGGAGAAUUCGCGGCGGUACCGGCGGUGUUGCUGUACCCCCAAGACUUCGCUGCUGCCAGUUCAACUGAUCUGAGACUCACCGAACACGUCCGUGGUGCCUUGUUUACACUCGCACUGCUCGAUUUCUGCGGCCCAUCGCGGCCAGAUACGCCUCUGUAAGUAGCCACAUAGGUCAGACAUUUGUUCUACUCGCCUCAGGGGCCCAGAUCAGGCCUGGGAAAAGUACCUGUGCCCCAAAGUUGUGUCCAGUUCGACGGUGCAUGUUAGAGUGCCCCCCUGCCGAGAGGACCAUUCAUUCAUGUCGUCUGCCAUUGUUUUUGACGAUGGCCAGCGGCAGGAGUGGCAGAGGUGUUACCGACAGUAACUCUGAAUCCGACCUGGAAUCUCUGUGCAGCGUGCGAAGUAGAGACCACAAGCUACACAGGACCUGCUCAAACGGGGACAUGUUGGAUACGGACUCGUCCAAGGGAAAAGGUAAAUUUGUGAACACCGGUAAGGCGUGGAAGAGCGUGGAUGACUGCAGUUUCAGCGAGGUACAGUAUUUGGCAGUACCAGUUACCAGGAGGAGAAGGAGCAGAACAUUAUCAGAGAUGGCAGAGGGGAGUAGACAGACGACUGGUUCAUCUCCAUCAGCAAAUUGUGAUGCAGGGUCGACCUGCGGUUUGGCUAUACCUGCAGAACAUGAAAGGCUUGUACGAAAACUUUCCAAUGAAUCGGAUAAGGAUGCAGGGUAUGGCACAGAUCCGGGGAGUCCAAGCCCCUGCAACUUUCUCAACAGCAACAACAAGGAUUCUAAAGCGAACACUGUCCAAAGCUGCGGUGAUGUUGUUACGGAUGUACAGAAUCACACGAUAACAACAGACUUGAACGAAUCGGUUUCAGAAUCACCAUUGAACAUGUCCCCCAGCGAAAUUGUUAAAAAAUACGUUGGUACGGACUACCUUGAUCCAACGACACCACCAGCUACUGUGAGUUUGGAAAGAAACUUGACUCUGCAAGUAGAUGGAAUCAUUGUUAAUAACGACCAGACUCAUGUAACUCCUGAAGUUAUCAUAAGCGACCACUGCGGUCCAGAUAAAGACACCUGUCAGGUCAUCACUGAUGGUCAAAACUGGGGUGUACAUGUAGAUUUAAACGAUGAUGACAUUCCACCAGACUAUGUAUACAGGAGGAAGUCUUCGAACACCAGCACAACAUCCUCACAGUUUGAUGACACAGAAGACGACCUGAGUGACAUAGAGCUUACGUUUCCCCAACAUGACGAAGUUCCCCAGAAAAACAAGGUAUUGCACAAGAGUAAACAUGCAGCCCGUCGAAAGUCUCUACAACAAUGGAGAAAGAUUCGCAACAUGGUCCACUGGUCACCCUUCCUUCAGUGCUUCAAGAAGAAGUACCCCUGGGUGCAGCUGGCAGGACAUGCAGGCAACUUCAAGGCUGGGGAGGGGGGUACCAUAUUGAAGAAACACUGCAAUCGAGAGGCCAAGUGUCUGAAGAAGCUGAUGGGAGACCUGCUGCGAUCCUACGUCCCAGAAUACAAGGGAGACGUGGAGAGGGAUGGAGAGAAAUUCAUGGAGAUGGAGGAUCUUCUGGGAGACUUUGACACCCCUGCUGUCAUGGACUGUAAGAUGGGAGUCAGGACUUACCUGGAGGAUGAACUAGUCAAGGCCAGAAGCAACCCCAAGCUGAGAAAAGACAUGUACCAGAAGAUGAUCGAGAUUGACCCCACAGAACCGACCAAGGAGGAGAACGCUGCCAAGGCUGUGACCAAGCCUCGCUACAUGGUGUGGAGAGAGAGCAUCAGCUCCACAUCUACACUGGGCUUCAGGAUAGAAGGCAUCAAGAAAUCAGAUGGUCAGUCCAGCAGAGAUUACAAGAUGACCAAAACAAAAGAGCAAGUGGCAGAGGCCUUCAAGUUCUUCACUGAUGGUAACCAGUCAUUACAGAAAAAGUAUGUCCAGAAGUUGAUGGCACUGAGAGCAACACUGGAGAAUUCUACAUUCUUCCAAUCACAUGAGGUAAUUGGCAGCUCACUGUUGUUUGUCCACGACAAAGAAGGUAGCCAUGUGGGGGUGUCUCUGAUAGACUUUGGGAAGACCAUGUCGAUGCCUGAGGGACAGAAACUGGACCACAGGCUGGCGUGGAAGGAGGGGAACAGGGAAGAUGGCUACCUGUGCGGCCUGGACAACAUGAUCGCUGUGUUCAACACUCUGGCAGAGUGCGAGGAACAAAAUCUGGCCGAGGAGUUCUAGCUUUGCGAGGAGGACUGUUUUCACAGGGAUUGUACCACAACCUGAGGCAAAGACUGCCGGCCUCAUGUACACAAUGAACAGGACAUGGUUGUUACAGGGGGCUGGAUGUACAGUGAAUAAAUACAACUUGCUGGUGGACAGUUCAGCAGGAGUUUUACAUCUAUUGGACAUUUUAACAGCUUUUUCUACAGGUCGCUCUGCUAUAGACAAAACGGUGUAACCAAGUUUGUAUAAUUGUCGGAAUCUUGAACUAGCAAUACUACAUGUAUCUAUCUCCUUUAGUACCUGCUGUUGCAGGGAGGGGGAAACUGUCAGGAAGUGGGAAUAAAUAUGAAAUAUUUCAGUUACCUGGGGAUUUGUUGGUACUACUGCUGGCUCUCAAUGAUAACCCACCUGAUACUUUCACAUUGCUGGCUGUGGCUGUCACAGAUUGUGUAUAGCUGAAGCAUAGGGAGCUGGCUCCUUUGCUGGCUCACUUUCCUCCCUCUUUGAUAUAAGGUUCUCUGCUGACAGUGUGGAAAUCAUUUACUGGCAUUGAAUAACCCUGUAUUACCUGGACGUUACAUUAACUGUCAGUUUUAUGGAAGUAAUAACAUUCAAAUAAAUAUGAAUUCCAUGUGUUACUGUUACAUGAAAAAUAUACUAUUUGCUGAUAGCCUUUAAUAUGUUAAUAUAUACUGUAUCUUAAUUAUAGCUCUGGAAAAUGCAACGGGCCAUUAUACACUGCAAACUCAUUAUGAUAUUCUAGGUUCAAAGAUUUACCCAAGGGAAAUUGUAGAUUACUGUCAGUAUUAAAUCCAGAAUGGAAGUAAUGAUAUGGCAUCUACUUAAUUAACCACAAGAUGUUUUUGAUCAUACAUGUUGUGAUGUCGGUGGUUCUUUGUAGAGUUAUCCGUUAACUUGCUUGUAUAUGUAAUUUUGUUAAUUUGAAAAUAUAUCAAGAAUCAUCUUACUGUAAAAAGUUGUAAAAACAUGACAGUAGUGACAUAUUCAGUAGUGUUUUUAUAUGUCAAUUUGAAUUACAUUUCACAUUUGAAGAAGUGCUAACAUGGUGUUAGUUGGCCAUGUUAUGUACUAGUAAGCCAUAUGCUCUGUCUGUUGAAAAAACUGAGACUAGCAACACCUUGCAAUAACUCCACACCAGUGUGCUUGUAAAGAUGAGUAUUUCUAGUUUCUGCCGUCUUCAUAUUUUUUUCAGCAAAGUUUCUGUUCUCCCUCUCUCAGUGAUGAAAUUUAUUGUGGACUGGCUAUUAAAAAGAAGCAUUUUGUAAUUUUCAAAAACACAUAGGAUACUUUUUGAUCAAUUCCCCAUUAGCUUGUAAUAUGAGCACCUGCUCUAAAUGCCAGCAAGGCCUGAAGGGCACUGGCAAACUUAACAUCUAAGGCUGGGUGGAUUGGUGAGGGUUGUUGCCUUAUUCACACGGCAAGUAAAAGUUGUUAAACAGUAGCCCACUUCUUCAUUACCACAAGUUCCUGAUACAGUUCCCACAAAUAAAGACAGAAGUGCAAUUAAAGGCUUAUGAAUCACACACCUGCAUUCCAUAUCUUGCUGCUGUUCUCCUGUUCUCCAACAGUAGAUACAGGUAUUGUUUAUUUUUCUUAAUCCUCUUUAUUAUUUUGUUCAUAGGCCUAUUUUCUGCAGGCAGUGCCUCUACAUAGAAUUUCCAUAUCAUUUCCCAUAUGUACAUAAGCAUCAUGUACAAUACUUUCAUGUACAACAUAUUACAAGGAGUAUUAAAACAUCAGGUGUAAAU